AUGACACCACGACUACAAUGCCUUAUUUGUUUGGAUACGCUUCUUUUGAGUGAAAGUGCAGCAGUACGAUGUGGCCAUGUAUUUCAUCUACACUGUAUUUUACAGUGGUUUGAGAACUGUAAAACAUGUCCAGUUUGUCGAAAGAAAGCUACAACAAGAGAUCUCAUCCGACAGCUCUUUUUUCAAGUGGAAGAGAACAAAAGCUUCAUUUUCAGUACUGAUCCAUUCGAAAUGCAUAAUCAACUGCAGAAUGCGCUGGAUAACCUCGAGAAAGAAAAACAGGCUGUUGCCGAAGCCAAGGAUCAAGCUAAUGUUUAUAUAACUGCCAAUCUUUUAUUGAAAGAAAAAGUGACAAGUUUGGAGUCAAUUUCUCAGCUUAAUAUGCAGCAAAUCAAGCAUCUGGAAGGCAUGCUUACAAAACAACUGGACCUAGAGAAAGAGCUGCAGAAGUACAGGAAACGAUUGCAAGCUACUGCGUUCUAUAAAUUGCUUAGCAGUGCAAAAGAUGAACCUGUUUUGGAAAUCGAUAAAUAUAUCUCCAGUGAAGGAUUAGAAGUGAAAAAAUUCAUUGCUUUACUAAGAAGGCAGCUUAAAGACGCCACGAAAACAGUGGAAAAUCAGAAAGAAGAGCUUCGAGAGAAUCGGAAGAAAAUCAGUGAUCUACAGAAAAAGCUAAAUGAACAUAAAAAUCUGAAUGUAGCAUUGAAAAAGGAACUUGAUUCAGCUCGAGUAGAUCCUUCGCAAACUAUUAUGAAUGCUGCGCUCGAAGAAGUUAUUGCUUUUAGUCCGAGGCAGCAAUCGUUUUCACCCGUUAUAGUAAAUGAACGCAAAUUCCCAGCUUCACUUAUAGCCUCGGCAUAUAGAAGUAGUACCGCAAAUAGUGUUGCCGUAGAAAAAAUACAGGGAACAACACCAGUUCGAAGUUUGGUGGAAAAAGUCUCAAAAGAUGAAUCACGAUCAGAUAUUGAAAAUGACAUGGAAGAAGUUUUUGUGCCUCCCAUUAUUCGGAGGUGUGCUACUACACUAUCUCAUUCAACUGUACGUAAAACGCGCACUGUAAGGAAUAAUCAAAUGAUGAAAAAUAGGGUACCGAAGAGGAGAAGUUCUUGUAUCCAGCAUCGCAAAGAAAAAGAAGCUCGAUGUCUACGACAUAUUGAUUUGAAAAAUGAUAUUAUUACCAUAGACUAA